AUGGGGACGCCGAGCCGCUCGGACCAGGGGUCUCUGCCGCCACCCGCCGCCGAGAGCGACGCUGAGGCCCAGCACCUAGAGGCCACCUCGCCGCGGGGGUCCUCCGGGGAGCCUCGGGAGCCAAAGCCCCCCCGGGUGCAGCCGGAGCUCCCGAGCGGCCAAGGAGCAGAGCGGCAAGCGGAGGAAGAGGAAGAAGUGGAGGGCAGCAGCACCGAGAGCAGCCGCGAUGCGGAACAGAGGCGGCUUAGGCAGGAGCGAGACCGUGUGGACAGUCUUCGGCAGAGACUCCGGGAGGCCCAGGGACAGCUCGACUCACAGCCAGAGGGCCAGCGAGAACAGCUUCUGCAGCGGGUGCAGGAGGUGAGGGACCAGCUGGAGGCAGCCCAGCGAGCCUACGAGGACCUGGAGUUCCAGCAGCUGGAGCAGGAGAGCCGGCGGGAGGAGGAGGAUCGGGACAGCCCUGGGGCCCGGGCGCUGGAUCCCAAGGUGCAGGAGCUCCAGGCCAGUGUGGCACAGCACAGGGUGAGCCGGACCCGGUCCCCACCCUCACCCUCCACCCCGCACUCUGCAUCUGUGCCUCUUUCUGUUCUGGUGGCCUGCCUCUGCCAUGUUCCUCUGGACAGGAUUGAGUAUUUACUGCGUGCCAGGCACCGUCUUAAGCCUGGUGGCAUAGUGGUUACACCUUGGAUUCUGCUCCGCAAGGUCGGCAGUUCGAAACCACCAGUUGCUCCUUGGGAGAAGGAGCAGGGUUUUCUGCUCCUGUGAAGAGUCACCAUCUCAGAACUUCACAUGGGCAAGUCUCCCUUGUCCUAUACUAUCUGGGCACUGUGAGUCCGCAUCAACUGGACAGCAGUGUGGCCCUGCCCUAAACUCACUGAAUGCUUACAGCCGUCUAAUGGGAUGAGUCGCAGAAUGGUGGAAGUGACCAUGUCAGAGCCCAUCUGACCUCAGGGGGCGAUCCUGAGCAUAGUCCACCCUCCCACCUUCCUCACCGAGCCUGACAUCCACUGCCGCUCCCACGGCCCCUCUCGUCUCUGCUGGGUUCAUCUCUUUCUCCUGGGUCUAGGAGGUUCUCAGCAAAGGGACCUUGGGCCCAAAGGACUCGCUCUGCAGCCCGGCUCUUAUUCGUGAUGGGAGUUAGGUUCUCCCUACCCCAGCCUGAAAGGGACUUGCUCUUUGAAGCCUAAUGGGGUGGCAGACCUAGAGCUUCGCGCACCCCAGCUGCCCAGCCUCACUCAGUGACAGGAGCAUGCCCGUAAAAGCAAGUCACGGCACCACCCAAGUCCUUUUUUGUCCCUUCUGUUUUAUACAUGGAGACACUGAUAUCCCAGGUACUCAGGGCAUUGUUCGGAGGGCCCGAACUGAACCUGCUCAGUGCUCAUUCUCCCAGUCAAGGAACCGCCAGGUCCCACGGGGACAAAGCAACGUGCUUGACUGUGUUUAAGCUGGAGCUUCCCAGAGUUGGAGGAGGAAGCCCUGGUGCUGGGUCUCCAUCCUCCACGGUGCUGUUUCUGGAAUUUUCCCUCUGUUUCGUACAGUUCCCCCCUGCCUCUGUCUGUCUGGCCGUUGUCACCCUUCUCUCUGUCUGUAGCCCUCUCCGUGAUGCUCUCUGGGUCUCUGUCUCCGUGCCGGACCCCCCCAGCCUCUGUCUGUGUAUCCAGUCCUCUUCCCUCCACCCCACCCCAGGUCUCUGUUGGACACCCCCCCCAAAGGGCAGAGCAUGAUGGGGCUUUACCCCAAGUUCCCCUCCAGGGGCAGCCAGCUCCCAGGGCUCUGAGAGCAAGUGGUGUAGACCUGGGGCUCUCAUGGAGAACCU